GUUGCAGGGAUCAGAAGAAGAAACACCCACUGUUAUAAAAGCUUGUUGUGUCUUCUAUGGCUCAAGGGAAACCCAGAAACUUAGCUUCUUCUUCUUCUACUCGGUUUUCCUACUUGGGUAACUCAUCUAAUAACCCAACGAUUCAUAUGAACCAGAUGCAAAGUUUCGAAUCGAAUUCGGAGCUCUUCAAUUUGACUACAGGCAUGGAGAUGUUAGGGUUUCCUUCAAAGAAUAUUCAUCAUCAUCAUCAGCAGCAGCAGAGAGAUGGUAACUCGGUCAUGUGGAAAGGAUUCUUUGGGAAACCAGGUGAUAGUCAGGGUUCAUCUUCUUCCAAGACUAUGACUGAACCUCCCAGUGAUUUCUAUCAUCAAACUGAGUUCAAUAAACUCGAUAUCUCAACUGGGUUAUCUGAAGAAUCGGGUUGGCAAGAUAACAGGUUAAUGAUGGACGAUUCUUCUUUAAGAUGUGUGUUACCCUGUGAAGGAAACGAGAGGCCGAGUCAAGGGUUAUCUCUUUCACUCAGUUCAAACCAACCUUCUAGUAUUGGAUUACAGUCGUUUGAGCUCAGAGAAACGACGAGUCAUCAUCAUCAACAUCACUAUAUGUCAGAAGAUGGGUUUUUGGGAAAAGCUGUUGUUAAUGAUCUUCAUCAAACACAAACUCAUCACUUCGAGCUCAAGAACUCAAAGUAUUUAGCUCCUGCUCAGGAUCUAUUGAAUGAGUUUUGUAAUCUCAGAAUAAAGCAAACAGAUCAACUAAAGCAGAAGCCACAGAAGACUAAUCAAUGGGAAGAAGAAAAUGGUUCUCGUAGGCAAUCUCUUUACACUCCUGACCUUCUUGAAUUGCAGAAACGAAAAGCUAAAUUGAUUUCCAUGCUUGAAGAGGUGGAUAGAAGAUACAGGCAAUACUGUGACCGGAUGAAGGCUGUGAUGUCAUCUUUUGAAGGAGUGGCCGGUGCCGGAGCUGCAACGGUGUAUUCGGCAUCGGCUUCUAAAGCCAUGUCGAGGCAUUUUAGGUGUCUAAGAGAUGGAAUUGUGGGACAAAUAAAGGCAACCAAGAAAGCAAUAGGAGAGAAAGACCCAGUUGCACCAGGAACAACUACAGGAGAGACACCAAGAUUGAGGCUUCUUGACCAAACCCUUAGGCAGCAAAGGGCAUUUCAACAGAUAAGCAUGAUGGAAAGUCAUCCUUGGAGACCUCAAAGAGGCCUCCCUGAACGAUCUGUUUCUGUUCUUCGAGCUUGGCUCUUUGAACAUUUUCUUCACCCGUAUCCAAGCGAUGUGGAUAAACAUAUAUUAGCUCGCCAAACUGGUCUAUCGAGAAGCCAGGUUUCAAAUUGGUUCAUCAAUGCAAGGGUGAGGCUAUGGAAACCCAUGGUGGAGGAGAUUUACUUGGAAGAAACCAAAGAGGAACAACCAGACAAUGUUGGGUCCUCAUCAGAUGGGGUACUUACAGGGCUCCACAACAACAACAACAACAACAACCAGAUUUCUCAGCAUCGUAUUGGGGAGGACCAGAAGCCCACAGUAGAUCAACUUGUUCGUGGCAACUCAGAUUCUUUAUCUUCUAUCAUCAGCAACCCAGAUAAAGAAGAAGACAGUAGAAAGCAUCACAUACAACAACAACAACACUUUGGGAGAUCAGUAGCAGAAACGUUUGGUGUUGUGGACUUAGACUUCUCUUCCUAUAAUCACCAAACAGCAAGUACUGUUUCUUAUGCAAACGAUGGUGUCCAUCACAAUUUCGGAAAUGGUGUGUCUCUGACUCUAGGAUUGCAACAACAUGGUGGGAAUGGUGUGAGUUUAUCGUUCUCUCCGGCGUCUCAGAACUCUCUUUUCUUUCCUAGAGAUCACCUUGAAGAUUGUCAAUCAGUUCAGUACUCAAUUAUGGAAGGAGAAGGGCAGAAUCUACCUUACAGGAACUUGAUGGGAGCACAGUUGCUCCAUGACUUGGCUGGGUAAACUGGAGAUCGAAAUAGUUAUUUUAAGAUGAUGAUGGCGUUCGUUCACCGGAAU